AAAGAGACGACGGGGAUGAGAGCACGUCACACACACACACACACACACGCACACAAUCCCUGUUACACAUCCAGACCGAGCCGUGACGUCUCGAGCCACCGGGAAGUGAUCGUGUCCUGCCAACAACAACAACAACAACCAAAAAAACAACAACAACCGGGGCGGUCCCUCUUUCAGAUCCCCGCAUGUCAAUUGGUUGAAAGCAUAGGUGUGUCAGGGGUGUGUGCGCCACGUCGCCGUGCGACGCUACGUUACUUCCUGCAGGGGAUAAACGGAGCUUUGACAGCACGCAGGGAGGCGACGCAUCAAGUUUUUCAGGAGAACAGAGCCGGAACAGUGUGUCGGAGCGUGCCGGGACCAAAACACCUCCUUCCUCUGCUUACAGACAGCCGUCCCAUCCCGGCAUCUGGAAAUGCUUCGCAUUACAGUAUCUACGACACCUUGACCCCAGCCUCCAGUCCGUCGUCGGUGGUGUGUGGAGCAGCUCCAGGCCCAGAGGAGAGCGUCACCCCCCUCAACCUGGACUGCCGGGUGUGCUCAGACAAGGCUUCGGGCUUCCACUACGGGGUGCAUGCGUGCGAGGGCUGCAAGGGUUUCUUCAGGAGGACUAUCAGGCUAAAGCUGGAGUAUGAUAAGUGUGAACGCAACUGCAAAAUCCAAAAGAAGAACCGCAACAAGUGCCAGUACUGCCGAUUCCACAAGUGCCUCUCUGUGGGCAUGUCCCAUAAUGCCAUCCGGUUUGGUCGGAUGCCUCAGGCGGAGAAGCUAAAGCUAAAGGCAGAAAGCAAGAUGGUGGAGAAAGAGGUGGCAAGCCCCAUGCUGGCCGACCACAAGUUUCUGGUCAGGCAGAUCCACGAAGCCUACAUGAAGAACUUUAACAUGAACAAGGCGAAAGCUCGGCUCAUACUCACCGGAAAGACCAGCAAGCCGCCUUUCAUCAUUCACGACAUGGAGACGUUCCAGCUGGCAGAGAGGACGUUAGCGGCCCAUAUGGUAAACGGUGACCAUCCGGAACCCGAGAGCGGCCUUCAAGCUGGGGAGGGGGUUCCGGCUGUGGGGUGUGGGGACCUCCAGCAGAGGGAGGCUGAAGCCAGGCUCUUCCACUGCUGCCAGAGUACCUCGGUGGAGACGGUCACAGAGCUGACGGAGUUCGCCAAGGCGGUGCCGGGUUUCCAGAGCCUGGAUCUGAAUGAUCAGGUGACUCUCUUGAAGUACGGCGUUUACGAAGCCCUCUUCACCCUCCUGGCCUCCUGCAUGAACAAAGACGGCCUCCUGGUGGCCCGUGGUGGAGGCUUCAUCACCCGAGAGUUCCUCAAGAGCCUCCGCCGGCCAUUUAGUGAUAUGAUGGAGCCCAAAUUCCAGUUUGCCACACGCUUCAACUCCCUGGAGCUGGACGACAGUGACCUGGCCCUUUUUGUGGCUACCAUUAUCUGCUGCGGAGAUCGCCCAGGCCUGGUGGAAGUGCCUCCAGUGGAGCAGCUACAGGAAAGCAUCGUUCAGGCACUACGGCUCCACCUGCUGGCCAACCACCCUGACGACAACUUCCUCUUCCCCAGACUGCUGCAGAAACUGGCCGACCUCCGGGAGCUGGUCACCGAGCAUGCUCUGUUGGUCCACGAAAUCAAGACAACAGAGGACACUUCGCUGCACCCGCUCCUGCAAGAGAUAUACAGGGACAUGUACUGAGAAGAUAGUACAUGGUCAUGAACAGGGACAUGUAUUAAAAUAUUAAUGUAUGCCAUUGAAAACCAGGUGUACAUAAAUAUUUACUGAUACUAUCAUGCAUAUCAAUGUACUGUAAAUAGCUUAUUGUGCAGCUUCUAUGGAUGCACACUGCUGUGAUCUGCAGAGGUUGCACUGAGACCAUGUGACCUUCUACUGGAACAAAACAUAAAUUAAUUUUUUUUUCGGGGGGGGGGGGGUUAACAAACGUUUUGAUCUUACACAAAAGAUGUGUCAAGACAUUUGUUUAAAUCGAUUUGAAUUUAGAGCACCCAAUUACUAUGGAUUGGGUCCUGGAUGACAGCUUUUACUCUACAGACACAAGUACUGUGUUAAAAAAGUUAAAUAUUGAGUAGGCUAAGCAAAUUUGCAUAGUAUUUAAAAUGGGCAUACGCAUAAUAAAGAUACCCAGAAAUUACUGCUGCAGUCAUGCAUGCACUGAUGCUAAAUAUUAAUUUUGCCUGUGAACAAGAGAAGUUCUAACAUUUUUAAUCUUUGAGACAACUGAAAUGUUGGUUGUGCAAAAGGUCGCUCAAUACCAGACAUAUUCCUAAUAUUUUGGAUGUUUAGUAUAUAUGAUAUGUUAAUUUAAAAGACAUUUAGAUUUGGUUAAUGUCAUUGUCAUGUCCUUUUAUUGUGUACCAGUGCCUUAUUGAAAUCAGCCAAAUCCCCCUUGACCAUUUUGGGAUUUGCAGUUGAAGAAACACCUGCAUCAGUAUUCACCAAGUGCCAUAAUGUUUAAGUGCCUGAGCUCAUAUUUCCUCUUAUUUUGACCACACCUUAUACCUUCAGCACAUAACAAAUACAUAAUACGGUAGCUUUUUUAACCAUGGGGUGGAUGAAUCACCAGCGUUGGACUAGGGAAUGUUCUCACAUAGUAAUAAAUCAUAAAUCAUGCACAAUGGCGCAUUUUAAGCAGGCAAUGAACUAAAAGGAGCCUUACUUCUACUGUAAGCAACCAUCAUUUGAAAAUAUUGUAAUUUCAUGUGUUAUGUAUUUAUUGUAAUCAUUUAUCCUACUGCUAAAAACCAACACAACAUGAUAGCUCACCUAGCUGAUUUAGUUUUUUUCAGAUCAGUGUUACAGAGCACAAAAGGUUUCAUACAAAUCCUGCCAUUAAGACACAUUUCUUUCAAGAAAAAACUGUCUUGGCCAGUAUUAAAUAUUUUGACCACAAACACAAUAAUCUGUUCAGCUGAUUUAUGAUUUAUUUUGUAAAUAUAACAAGAAUGCAGUGAAAGGGAUGUGUGUAUCUGCAGACAGUAAAACAGGCCUCAAAAAGAGGUCUGAUUGCCUUAUUUGCUGUACUGAGACUUUGCCUCCCAUUGUAGCAUUGAAACAUUGUUUUCUGUCAUAAUGAAACGGUUUAUAGUUUUUGUCAUGUACAGUGCAGUGUACAAUAAAAAAUGCUGCUGUUUGAAUAAAAUGAACUAUGUCAUGUGGUAGCCUGAAAUAAAAUAAUAUAUUUAACAGUU